UCUGAGACACUUACAGGAUUUUCCUUUCAAAUUCCUGCUUCCUUAAACCGAAGCUGUUUAUGAGAAACAGGAUAUUUCAGAGAGGUUGUACUACAAUUAACUUUUUUCAGAGUUUGAUUUGCUGGUCUGAAAGUGUUCCCCUCUUCUUCGAGAUAAAAAAAACUGGUUUGAAGAAGGAAACAUCGAGUUCAGCUUGUCUGCUUAAAGGUUAAGUGGCCCAGGCGCCUGGAAUGCAAAUGGCGGUGUGCACGUGCAGCAGCGCAAGUCCUGACAGAAAGUACUUCUAAAUCAGAAAUGGAUUGAAAUCUAAAGAACACAAACUUUGGGUACCUCAGCCUUCCAGGGGCUCCUUUAUUGAGGAUCGAUGUCUUCUCCUAGGUAAUUGAUCACCACAGACCCAGGGACACUCAAUUCAUCGCUGAGGGAGGAUAAUCAUCAUGAAUAAUCAAAAAGCAGUUGGCGCACUGCUGCAAGAGUGCAAGCAAGUGCUGGACCAGCUCUUGCUGGAGGCGCCAGAUGUGUCGGAGGAGGACAUGAGUGAGGACCAGCGGUGCAGAGGUUCACUCCCCAGCGAGUUAAGGACCCUGAUCGAGGAGGCAAAGGAAAUGAAGUGGCCCUUUGUGCCUGAAAAGUGGCAGUAUAAACAAGCCAUGGGCCCAGAGGACAAAACAAACCUGCAGGAUGUGAUUGGCGCCGGGCUGCAGCAGUUACUGGCGUCCCUGCGCGCGUCCAUCCGCGCCCGGGACUGCGGCGCCGCGGCGGCCGUGGUGUUCCUGGUGGACCGGUUCCUGUACGGGCUGGACCUCUCCGGGGAGCUGCUGCGGGUCGCCAAGGGGCUCCACAAGCUGCAGCCAGCGACGCCGAUUGCCCCGCAGGUGGUCAUUCGCCAAGCCCGCCUCUCGGUCAACUCAGGGAAACUUUUAAAAGCAGAGUAUAUUCUGAGCAGUCUAAUAAGCAACAAUGGAGCAACCGGUAGCUGGCUUUACAGAAAUGAAAGUGACAAGGUCCUGGUGCAGUCAGUCUGCGUACAGAUCAGAGGGCAGAUUCUGCAAAAGCUAGGGAUGUGGUACGAAGCAGCAGAGUUAAUAUGGGCUUCCAUCGUGGGAUAUUUGACACUUCCUCAGCCGGAUAAAAAAGGCAUUUCCACAUCACUAGGUAUACUGGCAGACAUCUUUGUUUCCAUGAGCAAGAAAGAUUAUGGAAAAUUUAAAGACAGUCCACAAAUUAACUUGGGCCUGCUAAAGGAGUUUGACCACCAGUUGCUGGCGGCCGCAGAAGCCUGCAAGCUGGCAGCUGCCUUCAGUGCCUACACACCCCUCUUUGUGCUCACAGCUGUGAAUAUCCGAGGCACGUGCUUGCUGUCAUACAGUAGCUCUAAUGACUGUCCUCCAGGAAUGAAAAAUUUGUAUCUGUGUGAAGCCAAAGAGGCCUUUGAAAUUGGCCUCCUUACCAAAAGAGAUGAUAAGCCCAUGACCGGAAAACAGGAGCUUCACAGUUUUGUCAAAGCUGCUUUUGGUCUCACCACAGUGCACAGAAGACUCGAUGGGGAGACAGGGACCAUCUGUGCAGCAAGUCAGCUCUGUAAGGAAGCAAUGGAGAAGCUGUACGCUUUCAGUACUUCCUCCAGAAGUCAGGACAGAGAAGCUUUGUCUCAAGAAAUUAUGUCCGUGAUUGCCCAGGUGAAGGAUCAUUUACAAGUCCAAAGCUUCUCAAAUUUAGAAGAGCGAUCUUAUGUUCCAGAGAGUUUCAAGCAUGGAUUGGAUAAACCCUUCUUGCGUGGGCCUGUGGAUUUUCAAAAAAUCCUUGACACCUAUUCACAGCACCAUACUUCAGUGUGUCAGGUAUUUGAAAGCACUUGUGGAGAUAACAAAAAUAUGCAGAAAGAUACAAAAAUAGAAGUCUGUAUCACUGCUCUAAAAACAGAAACAAAAAACAUAGAUACAAUGACUACUACUCAAAACAAACAACUCUCUCAAAAGAAUAUGGGACUAUCUUCCUCCCAAAUGGCUAAGAAUAGUCAGGAAAACCUCAGAAGGGUAGGAAGGAGAAACUGGACCCGUUCUGAUGCUUUUCGAGUCUCCCUGGAUCAAGAUGCAGAGUCUGAGACUGAGCCACCAGACCACAGCCAUGGUGGGGGAGCUAUUUUGAACAAGUCUCUGAGUGACAGCCAGACCUCAAGUUCUUGGAGCAAGUUAUCAGGAUUUAGUUCUUCCACCAGCUGGGAGGAAGUGAAUUAUCCUGUUGAUGGCAGGUCAACAAGAAAAGAACCAAGCAAAGAAGAACAUCUUGUGGACACUCAGUGUUCCACUGCCUUGUCUGAGGAGCUAGAGAAAGAGGGGGAGGGUAGAGCUGUGCCAUUGUGUUCAGAGCUUCGUGGUCUUUCUCUUCAAGGUGACAAUGUAGAGUCUUCUCAAAGUCAACUACACAAGCACAUGUCCGUGACAACCUUUUCUUCUCAUAAUACAGCAGACGCUUUGUUGGCCUCUGAUGCAGGCCUGUCAGAAGUAGCUCCAGAAGGUGUCCCAGAGGUCAGACAUAGUGGACCCAGAAAUAAUUCUGCUCACUCCAGACUCUCAUGUGGUUGUGCUUCUUCAUCUUCUUCCAAUUCUGGUAGGCCCAAGAAGAUGGUCACAUAUCCUUCCUUUCAGGAAGAAACCUUUGAAAUCAUUGAUGAGGUUCCAGAAACUAACUGUGAUGCCAAAGACAGGUGUAGAGAAGAAAAGGGAGAAGAAAUCAAUGAGAAAGGCACAGGCUCCAUAUUUAAAAACAGCCCCUACUGGGUUGACCCAGAAGGAGAAACAGCAGAAGGCACAGAAGAUGUACCCUUAGACUUUCCUGUAGAAAUGGACAAUAACCUGGGCAACAGUUCCAUGAGGCCAUGUAGCUCUUUCAUCCCUGUUAAAAAUCCUGACUCAGGAAAGAGUGGUGGCUCAGUUACUUAUCAGGGCAUUGACCCUGAUCCCCCCACUGAGGAUGACAAGGGCCAAGUACUCAACAGCAUGGAUGUUCACUCCACAGGCGGAUGUGGCUCUCAUGGAGCGUACACUCUGAAACAGCCACCUGGUCAGAGAGCCGAGACCCCCCAUUCCUCUGUGAGCAGCAACAUUCUUGUCCCUGUCCUCGGCGAGGACUGCACUACUACAGAGGAAGGAAAUGAACCUGGAAAUGUGCUAAACUGCAGCCAGAACUCCAGCUCAUCCUCAGCGUGGUGGAUGAAAUCACCUGCCUUUUCCAGUGGCUCUUCCGAGGGGGAAAGCCCAUGGUCCUGUCUGAAUUCCAGUGCAAGUUCUUUUGUUUCAUUGCCAGGAAAGACAAGGCAAGAGAUUCUUGAGGCUCGAACCUUGCAGCCUGAUGAGUUUGAAAAACUCUUAGCAGGAGUGAGUCAUGACUGGCUUUUUCAGAGACUGGAGAAUACAGGAGUUUUUAAGCCCAGUCAACUCCACCGAGCACACACUGCUCUUUUACUAAAAUAUUCCAAAACAUCUGACCUUUGGACAGCACAGGAGACUACUGUGUAUUUGGGGAACUACCUGAAUGUGAAGAAGAAAGGAAGACAAAGAAAUGCUUUUUGGGUUCAGCAUCUGCAUCAGGAAGAAAUUCUGGGGAGAUAUGUUGGGAAAGAAUAUAAGGAGCAGAAGGGACUCUGGCACCACUUCACUGAUGUGGAGCGGCAGAUGACUGCACAGUACUAUGUGACAGAAUUUAACAAGAGACUCUAUGAACAAAGCAUUUCAACACAGAUCUUCUACAUCCCAUCUACAAUAUUACUGAUUUUAGAGGGCAAGACAAUAAAAGGAUGUAUCAGUGUGGAACCUUACAUACUGGGAGAAUUUGUAAAAUUAUCAAAUAAUACAAAAGUGGUGAAAACAGAAUAUAAAGCCACAGAAUAUGGAUUGGCUUAUGGUCAUUUUUCCUAUGAAUUUUCUAAUCACAGAGAUGUUGUGGUUGAUUUGCAAGGUUGGGUAACUGGAAAUGGAAAAGGGCUCAUCUACCUCACGGAUCCCCAGAUUCACUCUGUUGAUCAGAAAGAUGUCACUACCAAUUUUGGAAAGAGAGGAAUUUUUUACUUCUUUAAUAACCAGCAUGUGAAAUGCAAUGAAAUAUGCCAUCGUCUUUCUUUGACUAGACCUUCGAUAAAGAAACUAAACAAAUCAUAGACUAUACGGAUUGGUAAUACAACAGACCUUAGUGGCACACACCAAUAUCAAAUUCUCCUCUCCUUCCAGGCACACAAAAUAUGGUACAGUCUGGUCCUUUGGGGUUUGGGUGUGGCUGAGGCACUGGUUCUGGCCAAUGAUUUGUGAAAGGAAUUGAUGAAUGUCACUUUCAGGCCUGCGUUUAACUGCCAGAGUAUAAUCCUGCAGAUUCUCUCUUCCUCUGCCAUGGUUACCAAGAACGUGUCAGGAGGUAGCUACUUCUGAGUUUAAGUCCUGCAGUAAAGGUACCAUGGAAGAGAGCUCCAAGUGAUCCAGGGUGGAUACAAAGCACUGCUAAGAAAAAAAAAACAAAAAAACUUUUGUUGUUUAACCCAUUGCAAUUUGGGAGCUUUCUGUCACUAUCAAGAAUGAUACCAUUAAUGCUUUCCCUAUAGAUUUAGGAGUUCUUUAUCUAUUAAAGAAUUCAAGUCUUUGUGGUAUGAAUUUUAAUUUUUUAUAUAGUUGAAUUCAUCGAUCUUUUAUUUUAUGGCUUCUUGGUUAUGUAUGAUAUUUAGGUCCUCUCUAUAUUCUGAGUUUCUUUCUUUUUAAUUCUCUUAUAUUUUCUUCUAUGUAUUUAAAUCUCUGAAAGGCAUGAUGGAAGAAUGGUAUGUUUUCAUGGCCACCACAGUCUAUCCCUUCCCCCAAACAGAUCAACUACCUCACAGGAACAGCCCUGUCAUGGUCUUGCUGAAAGAAACACACAGAGGGAGACUGGUGAUACAGAACAGUUCCUUUCCACAAUGACUCUUUGGAGCUACAACUGGUGCUCUCUGUCAUCCACCUCCACUGUUCCUUCUGAAUUUCCCUCACCUUUAACUAUUCCCUCCGGAAGGCUUAAUGCUUACCUAGUGGCAGAACUCACACCUAGGUUCAUGAAUAUUCUUAACUUGGUAAUUAUAGCCUUCUCAGUUUGGGGUUGCUGUACAUGCCUCUUCAUGAUUGAAGCUGGGGCAAAGGAGAUUCAUUCCAAUCUCCUGGUGUGGGAAACAUGGGUGGCUGACAACCCCAGCUUCUACCCCGGAUCCAUCACUGUGUUUACACUGAAGCCAUAUUCCUCACAGUGUGCUCUCAGCCAGUGACUGAGCAUGGCAAAGAUAACAGGCACAGAUUGUUUCUGACAGUUGACUGUGGCAGUCUUCCCACUGGCCUGACCAAAACUUGCUGUAGUCCAAGACUCUUCCUGCCCAAUUUUGCUUUCUUUGUUCUCUCCUUUUGUAGUGUCAGAUCUAUGUCAUGGUUCCCCUACUCACUCUUGUUCCCUCCUGUUGAUCCUUCAUAGACAUUUACCCCAGUGGUGAUCUUGCAUGUCUAAUCCUUUCCCCUGUAUCUACAUUUUGGAGAACACAAGUUUACUUAAAAAAAUGAGGAAAAAAUGUAAUCUGUCCUAUUAACAAAAUAAAGGGAGAAAAUGGUGUAAUCUCAAAAGAUACAAAAAAUCAUUUAAUAAAACUCAAAAUCUAGUUCAUUGUCAAAAAGAAAAACACUCUUUGAAAACCAGGCAUAAAGGAAAAUUAUCUACAUUGGAUAAAGGGUUUUUGUAAGCUUAUUUUGAAAAUCAAUGCAGUAAUUAAUUCUAUUCAACAUUAUAGAAGAAUUCUAACUAAUAAACAUAGAAGGAAUGAUAGAACUAUAAAAUCAUGAUUUUGUAUCCUUUAAUGAAAUAACAAAUCUGGGCAAAAAGGCAUUGAUGGUUGCUAAAACUAUCAGGAUAUAAGUUGAUGGGGAACUUUAUAAUGGAGGAACCGGGUGAUGGCUACUUACACCUCAAUCUUAUCACUAAAAGUGGGACAAUAAAUUAGUGGUAAAAUAACACUUCUGAGGCAUGUAGGGGUUUUGACUAUGGACUAGGUGUUAGAUAAAACAAUGAAGUGAUAAGUUAAUGCCAUAGACAGUAACAACAAAAAAAGGCAGGUACCUAAAUGAAAGAAGCUUGGCUCCUUUGUGUUAAUGCUCAAGCAGAGAGAUAGGUACAUGGGGAUUCAUCACACCAGUCUUUCUACUUGCUUUUCUACUUAUUUUUAAAUCUCCUCAAAAAAAAUGUUCUUAAGUAUAACAUCAUAAAAAUGAAGGAAUACAAAGGAAAGACUGAAGAAUGAGCAAAGAGAGAUGGUGGAAACCAGGCUUGUAUCAAACAAAUUAUGGAAGAACAUAAGGAGGAGUGGUCAACAGUGUAAAAAUCCUGCAGAAAAAUCAAGAGAAAACAGAAGAAUGUUUAUUGAGUAAGAGACUAAGGACAAAGAUAAAAGACUGCUGACAGCAAAAGAGACCAUUACUGGUAAUUGACAGAGUGAACUUUUAGAUGUUGCAGAACAGGGAUUAGCAUGGUCCAUGGGUCAAAGUCACUGUCACCUGUUUUAGAAAUAAAGUUUUAUUAAAAUACAAUCACCCAUUCAGUUAUGUAUUAUCUAUAGCUGUUUUUGUGUUACAGUAGCAGAGUUGAGUACUUGUGAAG